AUGAGUACGGCUUCUCUCCUGCAAGCUCGCCCUGUUUCGACUCAGGAGAAGGAGUCUCAGCCUCAACAGCAGCUGGCUGAAGAUGUGCAGUCUGGGCCUCUGAAGCUCGAGCAUUUGCUCGCCAAGGGUUUCACCAAGAAAGACUUGGAGCUCUUGAAAGAUGCGGGGUACCAGACGGUGGAGUGCGUGGCGUUCGCGCCGCCGAAGAAUUUGGUCGCAGUCAAGGGUCUCAGCGAGCAGAAAGUCGAGAAGCUGAAGAAGGCCAGCAAAGAGCUCUGCAACCUGGGAUUCUGCAGCGCCCAGGAGUACCUCGAGGCGCGCGAAAACCUCAUCCGCUUCACCACCGGCAGCGUGCAACUUGACACGCUUCUUAAAGGAGGAAUCGAAACGGGCAACCUCACGGAGCUUUUUGGGGAGUUCCGCACCGGAAAAACGCAACUCUGCCACACGCUCGCCGUCACCUGCCAGCUGCCGAUUGAGCAGGCCGGCGGCGAAGGCAAGUGUUUAUGGAUCGAUACGGAGGGCACUUUCCGCCCGGAGCGAAUCGUCUCCAUCGCCAAGCGCUUCGGCCUGAACGCGAACGACUGCCUAGAUAACGUCGCCUACGCGCGCGCCUACAACUGUGAUCACCAGAUGGAGUUGCUGAUGGAGGCGAGCGCGAUGAUGGCGGAGAGUCGCUUCGCGUUGUUGAUUGUGGACAGCGCGACGGCUCUGUACCGCUCGGAGUACACCGGACGCGGCGAGUUGGCGUCUCGGCAGACGCAUCUCUGUCGCUUCCUGCGCUGCCUGCAGCGGAUCGCCGACACAUACGGCGUCGCAGUCGUCGUGAGCAACCAAGUCGUCGCGAAAGUUGACAACAUGGGCGGCAUGUUUGCGGGCAACGAGAAGCUCCCAAUCGGCGGAAACAUCAUGGCGCACGCCAGCCAGACGCGCCUCUACCUGCGCAAGGGCCGCGGCGAAAGCCGAAUCUGCAAAAUCUACGACAGCCCCAGCCUCGCGGAGGGCGAGGCCGUGUUCGCCAUCGGCGAAGGCGGCAUCGGCGACUACGAAGACAGCUAA